CACCUAGGCAGUAGUGCUCCUAAAUAGUCGUACACACACGCCACCAGUCAGUAAGUCUCUAUAGCUUGGCUUCGUAGCGUAUACUAUCGUGCACCGUGUGUAUAUAUUUACAAAGGAAAAAUUCGCCUUCAUUGAAUAAACAUUGCCGCCGUGUGAUUGUCGCGCAGGAAUGCAAGUGAUUCGCACGAUUUCGGCUCGGCUGCAGGCCUCGGGCUCGUGCGCCUCGUCGUUGCAGCACGAAUUAUAAUACAAUAGGCGAGAAAAAAAUCACUCGCAGCUCGAGCAGAGCCAGCGGAGAGAUCAACAGCGAGGAAGUGAUGUCUGAUGACUAGAAAAGCUUCUCAGCACCAAACUGCCAUAAACGAGGUCUCGCUCGAAAUCACCUCGCCUCAUCGUACCUUCAGGACGAAAGCGCAACACAUCAGUUCCAAAUGCAGUCGACGGAGGCCGACAGACAUCUGCGCCAAACGCUCGAAGACCGGCGGCUUCGGCUCGUGGCCGAGUCGUUUCUGAACGCGUCGCUGAACUCCCAACAGACGAGCUACACGCAAAGCAUCCGAACCCCCGACAGCGUCUUGAGCGAUGCCCUCCUGGCCGGGGCACGGCACAAUGGCCGCAUGUCGAACGUUCGGAGAUUUUUUUGUUUAUUCGUUACGUUCGACUUGCUAUUGACCACGCUCAUGUGGCUGAUCUGUAUCAUGAUAUCGGGUGCAAAUGUACGAGCAGCAUUUGAGGAACAAAUUAUACAUUAUCAAAUAUCCACCUCAUUGUUCGACAUUGUGAUGGCUGCUGCUUGUAGAUUCACGAUCCUGUUGUUAUUUUACGCACUUUUGCAUUUAGAACAUUGGUUUAUCGUAGCCUUGUCAACUACUCUAACUUGUGCCUUAUUACUCGCCAAAGUCUUUCUUUACGACUGGGCUCAAUCCAGUCAACCAGUUUUUCAAGUUCUUCUAAUUCUAACGUCGUUCGUACUUGUGUGGGGUGAAGUAUGGUUUUUGGACAUCAAAGUCAUUCCUCAAGAAGUUCAAGCCAGGCAGUGGUUUUUUGGUGGUUAUAGCGGCGAUAUAGAAAGAUCGCCGUUACUAGGUCCACCAACAAUAUCAGCUUCAGUGCCACAGAUGGACAAUCCUGGACAUUUUUACACGCCCAUGGAUUCGCCCGAGAUCUCGGACGAUGAAGGCGACGGAACUGAUCGGAGUAAAAACGCUACUGAUGGAUUUCCUGCUAUCGUAGAUGUCAAGUUUUCGCCCGAAAAGAUUGAAGAAUAUAAAAGUCAUGUUCCUAAUUUAUUGGAAACAUCGUACAAAAUAUUAUUAUCAAAUGAAUGGAAAGUUGAAAAAGUGACUCCAGAAGGCGACGAAAUCGCUAGUAUGACGCUCAAACAUGGAAAAAAAAUAUUUCGAAUUACGGGAACAAUAAACACUGCGCCAGAUAAGCUGAUUAAUAGUUUAUAUGAAAAUAUUGAAUCAAGCCCCACUUGGAACCCAAAUAUUAGUGAAGUGAAAAAAAUUCACGUAAUGGAUGAUAAUACAGACAUUGUUUAUCAAUCUACAGCGACUUUAGGAAAAGGAGCUAUUGGAGCUAGAGAUUUCAUUAUUUUAAGACAUAGAGGAAAGUACGAUGCAUACCACAUGUCAACUGGCAUGUCUGUUAACUGUAGUUCUAUUCCAAACAGAAAACAUUUUGUGAGAGCCGAAAGUGGUGUAUCAUUCUUUGCCUCGCGGCGCCUAGAAAACGACUCAAAUAAAUGCCAAUUCAUAUGGGUAGUGAAUACCGAUCUCAAGGGCUGGAUCCCUCAGAAAAUAGUCGAUAUGAGUAUGCACAUGGGUAUAAUGGAAUUCAUGACGUCGCUGAGAAAUUAUUCACAGAUCAUAAGAGACUGACAUGACGACAAUUGCCCCACACGUGCAUCAAAUUGGACUUGUCGCAGUGGCAAACUAGUAAAAGACUUGAACACAGAAACUUAUGAUAUAAGGAUACUGUAAACAAAAAAAAUUUGGCUCAGUGCAGCUUUUCGAACAAAGUAAUUAAACGAGUACUUUUCUAGUACCCCAAAUUACGCAUGGUGAAUAAUCACACCGUCGAUUGUUCACAAUAACUUUGAUGUUUGUGUUUAGAAAAUAAUCGAGACUCUUGUAAAACGUUCGCGACUUUUGCAAUGUGUUGUAAACAGAAAAAAAUUGAAUAAUCAAUUUUUGAUUUUUAUAUUUUUGUUACAGCGCUAUAUUUAUAACUGUUUUCAGUAAUUUCAUUGUGUAUAAAGUAAAAAACAAGGAAAUAUUUAUCUUUAUCUCUAUCAUAUUACAGCACUCCGAGUUGUAUAAUAAUUUUUUGACGGAAAUAUUGUGUGAUGAAUGUUAUUGUGAUAACGUUUUAUAAGGAAGUUAUCUUCGAGUGUAAAAAUCAAUUUUGAUAACAAAAUGUUGUAAAUAAAUUUAUUAUAAGUUAAAUUAGAAAAAAAUUUAAAGCUAUUGUUUAAGCUGUGAAAAUGCGCUUCAACCAAAAAGUAUGUGUACUUCAAGUCAUACUGAUUAUGUAUAAGUUCAUGUGAAUUUCGACGAUUUUUAGACUGUAGUAAUAGAGAAAAGUGUAAAUAUGAAUUUUGAACGUAUCAAAUAUUGUUCAGAAUAGAAAUUAUAUGAAAUUUUAUCAUGUACAUUUAAAAGAAGUAGUGUUAUACAAGUGGUAGAAUAUAUUUAUUAAUUUAUUGUGUUAUAUUUAUCGUGAAAUCAAAAAGUUCAUAUGUUCAUCUUCAUUUUUGAUACCAAGAAAAAAUAACGAUAAUGUUAUUUAGCUUCUAAAAUGAAUAAAACGAAUUGAAAACUGA